AUGAAGUUGACAUCCUUCAUCGUCUUCGCCCCGGCGGCGCUCGCUGCAGCAACCCCAGGAGCCGCUCCUCAGUCUGGUACAUCGAAACCGCUCCGCUUCAGCGGCAUGUCCAUACGCCCCGCAUCGCCUAUCGACUCCGGCUCUAUCAACGCGAACGGCGGAGAGUUCUGGAUUGGCAAGCCCACCAAAACGAACUGUCCGAAAGAUACACCAGCUGUCGCCGACGCUUGCAAACAUGCAAACAACAAACAAACCAUCUUCGACUACCUCAACGCUCAGCCUACAUUGUCUCUCGACGUCGGCGUUCCCGGUGGCCAGCAGGUCUAUGUCAACAAGGACACAGGUCGACUUAGGUUCACAACUGCGCACAGCGCUCAUCAGGACGGCACGCCCGAAGCGAAAGGCUUCUCCAUUGUGCACGACGCGAAGUUUCAGUUCGAGAAGAAGGACUGGAUCGCGUGUCCAGAAGGACCGAAGGGCACAUACAGUGUGUAUGCCGCUGCCUACAAGAAGGCUGACAAGAAGUGCUUGGGCUUCACUUGGAACGUGAUCAAGCUUGACGACAAAGUGCCCAGCGCAUGGCAGUACAACUAG